AUGCUAUUCAGCAGACUAAGGCGGUCUGUGCGAAUCCAAAAAACCGGACAUCAUGCGACAGGACAUGCGACAGGACGCACAACAGGGCAUACAACAGUUACACCAAAAACCGAAGAACGCAGGCCGAGCUUCGACUCCGCGUGGACUCUCACGGGAGGCAGCAGCCUCGACUUAUGCGAAUGCAAACAACUGGGCAUGGAAAUUCUCCAUACCAUCGCCGGCAUCCCCUCCUUCUCCGAGUUCGAGACCAAAGAGUCCGGUUUGCUCUGCCUCGAGGACAUGAUUAGCCUAUUUGAUAAAAUGAGCCUCUGUCAAAAAUGCUCCGAACACGAACAUUCCCCUGAAUUUCUCGGCAUUCUGUGCAACAAGAUCCUAGCCCAGUGUCAAUUGUUUCGCGGGUUCUUAAACGAGAUGCUGGAACAGAACGAUCAAGACCAACAGUCCCUCUUACAGAGGGACUACGCAACCGCCACCAGUCAGGAACGUAUGAGUCUGCUCUGUUCGCUUACCUACCUCCAAAUGAAGAGGCUCUACGGUUGUGUGGCCCGACUGAAUGAGAAACUCGAGGAGGAAUCUACGUUCGAUGAAGACUCCUGGUCGCAUCUAAGGGGGCAGUGUUUCCAGCUGGCGAUAGAUUCGGCCACCCUCUGCUCGCGAGCAACAUAUUUUAGGAACUCUGUGUUUUGGUGA